GAGGGGCGGGCCCCACCGGCCGGGCGGUUGGGCCGUGAAGGGAGAGUCUUUUCGGCGCUGAGGACGGGCGCUGAGGAGGCGGCGGUGGCUCCUGGGGCGUUUGAGCGGGCUCACUCGAGCCCGCGGGCCGACGCGGACGCAGGCCCAGCCGGCGGAACCGCCCCGGACUCCCCGCGGGCCUUCCUAGCCGCCAUGGAGGACGGUGUCUACGAGCCCCCAGACUUGACUCCCGAGGAGCGCAUGGAGCUGGAGAACAUUCGACGGCGCAAGCAGGAGCUGCUGGUGGAGAUCCAGCGCCUGCGAGAGGAGCUGAGUGAAGCUAUGAGCGAGGUGGAGGGUCUGGAGGCCAAUGAGGGCAGUAAGACCUUGCAGCGGAACCGGAAGAUGGCAAUGGGCAGGAAGAAAUUCAACAUGGACCCCAAAAAGGGGAUCCAAUUCUUGGUGGAGCAUGAGCUUCUGCAGAACACACCUGAGGAAAUUGCUCGCUUCCUGUACAAGGGCGAAGGCCUGAACAAGACUGCCAUUGGGGACUACCUAGGGGAAAGGGAAGAGCUGAACCUGUCUGUGCUGCAUGCUUUUGUGGAUCUGCAUGAGUUCACCGACCUCAACCUGGUGCAGGCGCUCCGGCAAUUUCUAUGGAGCUUUCGCCUCCCUGGAGAGGCUCAGAAAAUUGACCGAAUGAUGGAGGCCUUUGCCCAGCGAUACUGCCUAUGUAACCCUGGGGUCUUCCAGUCUACAGACACAUGCUACGUGUUGUCCUUUGCCGUGAUCAUGCUGAACACUAGCCUUCACAAUCCCAAUGUCAGGGACAAGCCGGGCCUGGAGCGCUUUGUGGCCAUGAACCGGGGCAUCAAUGAGGGUGGGGACCUGCCUGAGGACCUUCUCAGGAACCUCUAUGACAGCAUCCGAAACGAGCCUUUCAAGAUUCCUGAGGAUGAUGGGAAUGAUCUUACCCACACCUUCUUCAACCCAGACCGUGAGGGCUGGCUCCUAAAGCUGGGAGGGGGCCGGGUGAAGACCUGGAAGCGCCGCUGGUUCAUCCUUACAGACAACUGCCUCUACUACUUUGAGUACACUACGGACAAGGAGCCCCGAGGGAUCAUCCCCCUAGAGAACCUGAGCAUCCGUGAGGUGGAUGAUCCUCGGAAGCCAAAUUGCUUUGAGCUUUACAUUCCCAACAAUAAGGGACAGCUCAUCAAAGCCUGCAAAACCGAGGCUGACGGUCGGGUAGUAGAGGGGAACCACAUGGUGUACCGGAUCUCAGCACCCACACAGGAGGAGAAAGACGAGUGGAUCAAGUCCAUCCAGGCUGCUGUGAGCGUGGACCCCUUCUAUGAGAUGCUGGCAGCAAGAAAGAAGCGGAUUUCUGUGAAGAAGAAGCAGGAACAACCCUGACCCCUGUCCCCAACUCUCUUAUUUAUUUUGGAGCUGCCCCGCCUGGGUGGCAGGACCCCUGGGCCCUGGGGCUGUGGAUCCUAGUUCCCCAUUUGGAAAAAUCACCGUCUCUAGCUCCUGACUCCUUAUUUGUAAUUAACAUGUUGGUAAUCUAUUAAUUAUUUAAUCCCUUGUGCCUG